CCGACGCGACUCACCAGAGAGAGAGAGAGAGAUGAGCGGAGUUUCAACAGCGGCGUACGUAGCUCGCCGGGCAGCUCAGAAGGAGCGGGUUCGGAUCCUCUACCGUCGGGCCCUCAAGGACACUCUCAACUGGGCCGUCCACCGCCACCUCUUCUACAAAGAUGCUGAUGCUCUGCGCGAGCGGUUCGAGACCAACAAGCACGUGGAAGAUCUUGACACAAUUGAUAAACUCAUAGUGAAUGCUGAAGCUACCUACAAUAAGUGGCGCCACCCUGACCCUUAUGUUGUUCCCUGGGCUCCUGGCGGUUCAAAGUUUCAUCGUAAUCCAACUCCACCUGCUGGGAUUGAGAUAGUAUAUGACUAUGGCAAAGAAGGCAAUGACUAAAUGAUGCUUAAUUUUCCUUCCAACAAAUAAAGAUCAAGAUGAAGAAUGCGUAUGAUGAUGAAGACACUUUAAUUAUUGAGGCCAGCCUCUUUGAUGUAUUGCUUAAGCAAAUGAUGGUUUUUAAGGUUCAAAUUAUUUCAAAUGCAGUUCCUCCUUUUUGGUGUAUUUGGUUCUUUUGCUCAAUGGUUCUAAACCUGCAAAUUGGCCUUUGGGUUUGGAGUUGAACUUAAUGGAAUGCAUGAAAUUUGACAUGUUAAUAAUGCAUGGACCCUUUGUUAAUAUCAGAUAUUCUAUUGA